AGAGUAGUGGACGUGAUGGCGCAAGUAAAGCAAUCAACAAGCAAGUGAGCAAUAACAAACAAAACAAACAUACAUACAAUUAAAAAAAACACAAAUCUGGAGAAAUGUAGCACAAACUAAGUAAAUAAAUAGAUAUGUAACUGGAGAAAUUACAUGAAUGGUGUGAAGAGCGCUACAUACAUACAUAGAAGCGAAGUGUGUUGUGGAAAAGUAAGGAAAAACAUGUCUUCAUAGUGGCUACUAAAGUAGAAAUACUGAAUACUUUUAAUGAAGAAGUAGAAAGGUGAAACGAAUAUUGAUGGAUUACUGAAGUUAUAGCAAUCGCUGUGGUAGUUGUACUUGAAUUUGUGCAUUUGUAAUUGAAUUGAAUGCUGUUAGCACUAAGAUUUUUCGGUGUUCAUUGAAGUUUAGUUAAAAAUUUGCGCUAGCGCAACAACAAAAAAAAAACAAUCAACGAGAGUUGCUGCGAGCGCUUCGAGUUCAGCGCUAAUUUGUGCUGUUGUGAACUGUUUGUAGUCACUAAUGUGCAACUUUUGGCAUUUGAUGUCGGAGAUGAAGUGAGUGAGCAGAAAUCCAAGCAGAAAAAAAUCGCAAAGAAAAACAAAAAUCAUAAAAAAAAACGCUUAGAAAACAAAGUAAGUGCGACCGAAUUGAAGGCCUUUUUCAUGGCUUACCAACAUUUUUGUGCUAUACUAAUUGUAGUGUCGCAAACUAAUGACAUGUGAUGUACAUACAUACAUACGUACAUAUGUACAUAUGUGACGAAAAUAAAAACAACAAUUGACAAAUUUACUGAAGUGGUAUAAUAAGAAAAAGUAACAUCUACAAGCUCAAAUCGCCUGCUGUCUAGUAGCCAUACAUAUAAGCAGUAAGACAAAUAAAUUAUAUGGUUGGCAGUCGAAGAACAGGUGUAAAAGUCGCAAAAGCUGCUCGAAAGCGUGCAAACAUGAAAGAAGAGUCGUGCUAAAAUGGAAGGGAAGUAAAUCAACAACAGUUGUGUGGUGGUUUCGACAAUUUUGUUUUUUUUUUGCUUUCCGUUCUUUCUUUCUUUUUUUUUUGCAAGCCGAAUAAGAAACACUUGCCACACACUCGAAGGCGGACAGACAGACACACAGAAAAGGUGCACAACCCUCAUCAAUUGCAUGUACCUUUGCUGAGUGCUUGCCGGUGUAUGUAAAUGUGUAUUUGUGCAUCAUAUGUUAUGGAUGUAAGGCACACAGUGCGCAAAUUAAAGGGUUGACUGCUAAACGUUUUGAAGCUAGAAAGCAGAAAAAAAUAAAUAAAUAUUGAAAAAAAAAAAAACAAAAUAAAAAAAACUUGAAAACAAUAACAACAACACUUUCAAAAAGUAAUAAAAAGUUCGCAUGUGUCUAUUAGCCGCUUUUGUUCGCACACCCAGACCGCCUUUGACGCGCAUUCAAGCGUGUAAUAGCUGCCCGAAUAUUGCAAAAAGCACAAGCAAAUGAUAAUUUGUUGCUAAGCGUCAAAAAUGCGCCUAAAGUGUUAGAAAGAUUUUUUACUACGUUCACUACUUUGGCAAACUAAUCACGCAUAGAUUUUAAAAAGUUUUUAAUUAAGAACAAAAAUUGUAAAGCAAUUUUUUUUUUGUGCAAAACACUAUAAAAUAAUUUCCACAAAAAAAAAAUGGAUACCGUUGCCAUUAAAACCGCACCACCGCAUGCGCCACUUGCUGCUACGCAACAACAAAAUGCUAUACAACAACAGCCGUUACCUGCUAAGGCACCCAAAAACAAUGCCGAUUUUUAUACGAAAACUAGUGUUGGCGCAUUUUUUCAAACCUGCAAGGUCUUAUGGCACUUGGACGCCUUUCGUCGUUCCUUUCGCACCCUCAAUCAUCACAUUUGCUGCGGCCAAGAUUGUAUAUUCUGUGCAUUGAAGGAACUUUUCCAACAACUACAAACCAGCUCAGAGCCAGCCUUAUGCCCGGAACCUUUGCGUCGCGCUUUGGCCAGUGGUCCCCUGGCUGGUCGUCGCUUUCCGCUGGGCUGUCUUGGCGAUGCGGCCGAAUGUUUUGAGCUACUCUUACAUCGUGUACACUCGCACAUUUCCUCGGAUGAUGGCGAUGCUUGCGAGUCGCAGGCUUGUGUGGCUCAUCGCCGCUUUGCUAUGCGCGUCAUCGAGCAGAGCGUCUGCAAGUGUGGCGCCAAUUCGGAGCAAUUGCCAUUUACACAGAUGGUUCACUAUGUUUCAGCAUCGGCGUUGACCUCACAAAAUAGCUUGGCAUUGCAGAAUCAUCAGCAGCUAACUUUUGGUCAAUUGUUGCGCGCCGCUGGCAAUAUGGGUGACAUCAGAGACUGUCCGAACGCUUGUGGCGCCAAAAUCGGCAUUUGCCGCGCGCUGCUCAAUCGUCCCGAUGUUGUCUCUAUUGGCAUUGUGUGGGACUCGGAACGUCCCGCCGCCGAUCAAGUGCAUGCUGUACUCAAAGCCAUCGGCACCAGCUUACGUCUAUCGGACGUUUUCCAUCAGGUCGCCGAACAGCGUUGGGCGCAAAAUGUACAACACGAACUGGUCGGCAUUGUCUCGUAUUACGGCAAACAUUACACGACCUUCUUCUUCCACACCAAACUCAAAGUGUGGGUGUACUUCGAUGAUGCUAAUGUGAAGGAGGUCGGUCCCAACUGGGAGGGUGUUGUCGACAAGUGCAGCCGCGGUCACUAUCAACCCCUACUGCUGCUCUACGCCGUGCCACAGCCACCAUCGGGGGGUGCACAAUUCGCACCCGAGACCAAUCAAUCCACCAUCGUGCGCCGCGCUAUCACACCAAGUCCCAUCACACCGGAGAAGCCCAACUUGGGUAACACUCGUCGUGCCAUUACGCCCACACCACUGCGUUCACCCAACGACUAUCAGAACUUGAGUGUCAUACAGAAGAGUAUCUUUUCCGGCGCUUCCGCAGCCACGCCGACGAUCAGCAACGAUGAGACCGAUGCUUACAUUAGUCGUAAGACUGUCGAGCAUGUUUUAAAUGCACAACAGUAUCAGAAUUUGAGUGUCGUGCAGGACAAAAUAUUUGCCAAUAAUAGUGGCGGAGUUACGAAUCAGCCAGCAGAUGGGAAAGACGCCGACACGCUAACGCACAAAAUCGGCAAAGUACUCAAUGCGCAGCUGGUACGCAAGUAUCACCUUCAGCUGCAACGCAGUCAGAGUGCUGAAUCCGGCCAUGUCAGCGGCGGUUCUUCGAAUGGCUCCUCGCCACCAAGCGAUGGCCUAACCAUGCCCGAUCACUUAAAUCAGCCGCGUCGUCGAGACUCGGGCAACUGGUCAGGCGAUCGCAAUAGCGCAAGCUCCGCUUCGUCCACCACUUUGGAUAAUCCUUACCUGUAUUUGGUGGGCAAACGCAAUCCGCCCGCCGUGCCGCAGAGUCCCACACGCAAUGGGUUGCCUUACGACCCCGGCUAUGACUCGUUUUCGCUGAGCUCAACCGACUCGUAUCCGCCGAAGCAUCAUUUGAAUCCACAGCUCGCCAAGAUACCUGAGGCUGGUGGAUCCAAAACACUCUCCGGUGAUUGCGAAAAGCUCUGCCACGAGGCCGACCAAUUGCUAGAGAAAUCACGUCUUGUCGAGGAGUCACACGAUCUAGAGACCGCACUGGUACUUUGCAACGCAGCCGCUGGGCGGGCACGCGCCGCCAUGGAUGCCCCCUACAGCAAUCCACACACCAUGACAUUUGCACGCAUGAAACACAACACGUGCGUGAUGCGCGCACGCAGUCUGCACCGCCGUAUUUUGGUUGAGAAGGGCGCUGAUAUGGAUGCCAUGCCGGAGAUGAAGCAUAUGCGUGAGGGCAGCAACAGCAGCGUGAAACAUGUGCGCCAGAAUAGUAAGGACAAGACAUUGGACAAGACGCCGACGCAGGCAGCCCAAGCAGCCGCCACCGCAGCCGCAAAUAAGAGCAUCGAAAUCUAUGCCACGCUGCCCAAGAAAAAGAGCCCCUUGAAGACUUUAGCAGCUGCGGUAGGUAAUGCUAGUGAUGACAAUGCCAUCGAAUAUGAAUCACCACAGCCGGUGGCAGCUAAGCCUGAGCGCGAGAGCCGCUCAUUAUUCGGCCGCAGCAGCAACAAGUCGGAGAAGGAGAAGCGCAGCCGCAGCGAAGAUCGUAAUAAGCUGACGCGUGAAUUCUCGUUGACUGAAACAUUGCUCGUCAACGCAAAGGAUACGCUUAAGAAGCACAAGGAGGAGAAGGACGAAAAGAAGGAGAAGGAUAAGAAUGGAAAGAAGCAGCAUAAAAUUCGCCGCAAGCUUUUGAUGGGCGGCCUAAUACGCCGCAAAAAUCGCUCCAUGCCCGAUUUAACCGAGGCAGGUGAUGAUGCAACGACCCAGAAGGAGGCGCCUCCACCACUAGCCACUUCGGUGGACGACAGCUCUGUGGGUUUGAAUGGCAAGAACGGCAUGAGCGGCUACAUCUCGGAGGGUCACUUCGAAAAUCGCGACUCGAACAAUGCCAAUCCGAAUUUGGAGCGCAGUAAGCUUAUGCGCAAGAGCUUCCACGGCAGCGGACGCCAGUUGACUGUAGUCGCUAAGGUCGCGCCACCACCACCAAUGCGCACGAGCUCCGCGCUCACCCAACAACAACUGCAGCAACAAUUGGCUUUGCAGCAGCAGCAAGACGCAGCAGUGCUACAACACUUCCACCAUGAAGCAAAUCUCUCUAACAUUUCCGUCAUGAGCUCAAACACUUCCAUUAGCGAAGACUCGUGCCAGACCAUUAUCACGACAUGCGCGCAGGUGCACAACGAACAGAGUCCGCCGAAGGACAACAUGUACCAGACAUCGAACGGCGUGAGCGCGGGUCAGUACCAACAUCACAACGGUUAUGCCACCACAACGACUGAGCUGGGCAGAGAUGAAGUUGAAGGCAUAUCUGGCGGAAGUAAUGGCAACAGCAAUGGCAGCGGCAGUAAUCCAACCGAAGUUCCGCUGGAACUUCCGCCAUAUCCGAGCCCACCGCAGUCAGUUUGCCACUCGCGACAGGCCAGCGAAGAUUUUCCACCACCACCGCCGGAGAUCGAUCUCGAGCCACUGAAUCAUCAAAUCAAUCAGAUACUGGUGCUGGAAGCGAACAAACAGCAACGCAACAUGGAGACUCUGGAGGGCACCAGCAGCAUUUUGGCACAGCUGCAGCAGCGUCACCAGCUCAUGAAAAUGCGCAAAGAACAGGCCACGCCCACAUGCGAUGCCUCUAAUUGGCUCAAGGAGUUGCAGGCCAAGCAAACUGACCUCAGAAAUGCACAACGUGCCACAGAUUCGCCAGUCGCGCAGCUGACGCAGCAGUCCAACGGCGUGCGCGAACUGACGCACCGCUUCGAGCAGUCUAAGUCGGCCAGCAGUGCAGGUGAACAGCAACCGCUGCGCUCCUACUCAUCACAGGAGCUGCUCAAUGCCCCAAAGCCGCCGAUACGCACGCAAAUGAAUGGUCUGCCGCCAAUGCAGCACAACGUUAUGUCACCAACAGCCACGUCCGGCACCCCACUGCCACCCAAACCCGAGGCAGAUGAAGUGGACUGCGCGCCACAACGCCUUCAGCGCCUGCCGCCACACCAGGUAUUGCCCAAGCCGAAAUACGAAGUACCGCAGUCGCAGAUCGCCGAAGAGUUGCGUGAGGUCGAAAUGCUUAACACAAUGGUGCAGCAAACUUUGAACCAUUCGCCUACUGUGCAGCAUCAGCAGCAGCCGCAAGAACAACUGCAACAGCAACAGCCACAACUAUGCGCGGAGCAAAAUGCGCCGUCUGUUGCUUUGCCCAAGCGCGUCAAGAAGAAGAGCGUUUCCUUCUGCGAUCAAGUGAUACUCGUUGCAACAGCGGAUAAUGAAGAGGACGACGACUUCAUACCGAAUCCGAUUUUGGAACGCGUGCUACGUACGGCGCAAAAUCCCAACGAGAAUGUGACAGCGCAGCUCAUUCAACAACAACAACAGAACAUGAUACGACUGCCAACCGAAGCGCAACCGCGUAUCGUACAACCGCUGCCGCCAUUAGUGCAACAACAACAACACCAACCGCCAUUGGCACCUCCUUUGGCGCAGCAGUCGCCAAUGCUUGGUGCUGAUCGACGCGCUGUACCGCUGCAGGGCCAAGAUAUGCAGCGCUAUGUGCAGUUGCAGCGACCACAAUUGGAAGCGCUGCGCCAACAGCAGCAACAGAUACAGCAGCAACAACAGCAGCAGCUGCAACAGCAGUCGGCUCUGCCAUACAUGCCAGCAGGGCAGGUGUACGCGCCCAUGCAGGACAUAUAUCGCAUGCAACAACAACACCAGCUGCAACAGUACGCUGCACAGCUGGCGCCGCCACCUUUACCACCAGCGCAUCAGCAGCAUUCACAAUUUGAUGAGCGCAUGCAUGCCAACAACAACAACAACAGCGGCGGCGCGAAUCAUGUUUUGCUUGCAGCACGCACCAGCAUGAGCGGCAUCGCUAAUGUUGCCACGCAGCAACAUAUGCAGAUGCUAGCAGCUCAGCAACAGCAGCAGCAGCAGCAAUUACAACAGCAACAACAACAUUUGGACGCGCAAUCUAGCUAUGUGAGCAUACCGCGCAGCCACCUGAGUCACCAACAGCAGCAGCAGCAGCAGCAACAAAGCUACUCAGUUCAAUUGCAGAAGCAUCAGCAACAUAUGCAGCAACAACAACAGCAGCAGCAGCAACAACAACAACAACAACAAUUUACACCGAACGUCGCCUACUAUCCAGGCGUACCAGGACUGGACGCGCCACCUUUGCCAUCACCUUAUCAGCGCGUGCCUUUGCCACACGGCUACGCCAGCGAACAAUUCCCGCCAUCGGCCGCCAACAGCAUGCAGAAGCCGCAACAUCCCUAUCCCUCACCAACAGCUAGCCAUCACAGCAGUAGCGCCGCUCCCUCACCUUACUUUCCCGUGCCGCAGAGCGCAGCCGCCGCGCUAGCCAUGAGCGUCAACAUACAGCCACAACACACCACCAAGGCAUCGCAUCAGAAGAAGGUAAGCUUUGAGCCGGGCACCAAAGGCGAAACGGACUCGCUGUGUAAUGGAAGCAACAACAACUCAACAGUGGCGCUACCACCGAAACCACCGAUGAAUCUCACAGCGGGUGGGGGCAACGCCAACACCACCGCAGCCGCAGCACAACAGAAUGGUCUGCCGUCGGUCAUGGCUAUGGCGGCGGCCGCAGAUAGUAGCGUUAAUGUGACCGCUAUUCCCACACGCGUCUACAAUAAUGCCAUCGUCAAGGCUUCGGCCAAGGCGGUGGAGUGUAAUUUGUGCCGAAAGCGGCAUGUAAUUGCGCCAGCCGUGUAUUGCACCAACUGCGAGUACUACUUGCAGAUGUUGAACAGCCGGCGGUAGGAGGGUGUAAGGUGGGAUGGAGAGGAAAGGAGGAAGUGUGGAAGUGUGGAAGUAGAGAAAGCUUCUGCAAUAAAACGCAAUAAUCGCUGAGCGAAUUUAGGUUGACUACUAUGACUGCAUUUCUGUAGCAUUAAGCGUUGCCGUAAUUAAGCGUAACAUUUAGUUGUACAAUAAUUUAGCUUUAAAUUAGUGUUUAGUGAAACUAUAAAAUCUCAAGCCAAGCUGCCGCCCAUAUCAAGAUACAUAUCAAUGCCUACGUUAUAGAACAUACGCUCCAUAUGUGAAGGUAAGUACAUCUAAUGGCAUCGUUUUUUUUUAUUAAAUGCUUACAAAAGCUUGCAGACACAUUGCCACCCAUACAUACAUACGUACAUACAUACGCAACAACUUUCUACCCUAAAGUAUGGCUAUUGAAAGAACUUUCUAAAAUUUUGGCGCAGCUUUCCCUCUCAGAAUCAAAUACUGCAUGGAUUUUCUUUAUGGUUCUACAUAAAGAACAAUUGGCAUUCAUUUUUAUUCAAAAAAGUACAACAAAAAUUCGCUACGUAGCGUUGCUUCUCAAAAAUUUUUAGUCUUUGACUACUCCACAAAAAAUCUAUAAUUCUUCCAUUUCGUUUAACAAAUUAGUAAUUUACUGACUUGAAAUAAUUUUAUUCAUUAAUCAAUUAGUUAUACAUACAUACAUACAUACAUAUUUAAGCAUACAACUGCAUUUGCAUACAUUUAAAAAUUCAUGAAAAUCUCAUACAUUAAACCCAUCUAAUCGUUUAUUAUACGCAAUUAUAUUUUAUAAACUUAAAAAACAAAAAACAA